AUGAGGCGAUUUGCGGAGCUGCCAACCUGCCGUGAGCGUAUCGGGCCAUCGUGCCGCUGUUCUGGAUACGUACAAGCUCGAAGCUUGGUAUUGCCUUUGUCUGCUUUAUUGUCGGAUCUCAGCUGCCAUGGAUGGCACUAUGGCACUUCUUGGCGCUUCCCCGUGGAGAAGCAUCUCUCAUUACAGCUGCAAUUAUAUAAUGUUAUAUCAGUGGCCAACGCGUAUCUUAUGGCCAUGUACACUACAGUCGGCCAUUUCUACUCUUCAAUUGUAAUUGUAGCGGUUAAUACAUACACAUGGUGCACUCGCAAUUUCAGACCACGGCUAUUGAAAAUCAUACACAGUCUUGAAAUCAAGCGAUAUCGGCACUGGAAAAUCAGACAAGAUGCCCUGCAGUUUCAACGCAUGCGGUCUUGA